AUGACAUUGUCUCGGACAGUUCAGAGCCCGGUUCUGGAAGGCCUUCUGCCGUCUGAUCAAUUCUACUUGCAAUUCAUUGGCCCCUACCGCAUCAACCUCCGGAUAAAUCCUGUUACCUACCAGCUCCAGCUGCCUGCAGCGCUCCGGAUCUACCCGGUUUUCCACACCUUCCAGCUAAAACCAUUCACCACUUCUCCCAUGGUUCCACCUACCCCCCCUGCUCCUCCUCCCUGGAUUACCGAUGGUGGUUCCGUCUACACCGUACGAUGGAUUCUCGAUUCGCGUCCUCGAGGCAGAGGCGUCAAGUGCUUGGUCAACUGGGAAGGCUACGGCCCCGAGGAGCGGUCUUGGAUUCUGGCCGGGUUCUUUCUCAACCCCGAGCUCAUCCAAAUCUACCGUCGAACAGAAGGAGUUGAUUACACAAACAAAUUUUUUGAUGUCACACAGCUUAGAAUCGAAUACAACGUGUAUCAAGGUGUAUAUGCAAUUGCACAUGCUCUACACCAAUUGAUAUUUUGUGAAAAUCCUAAAAGCAACAUUUCACAACUGUGUCUUAAUGCUUCAGAGAUAACCCCUAAACUAGUAAAUGAGAAGCUGAAGAAAGUAAAUUUUUUGGAUUCAUUUGGGUCAAAAGUGUUCUUUGACAAAAAUGGAGACCCCCCUGCUUCAUAUGAAGUCAUAAACUGGCAGCUAAGAGAAGGGCAUGUGCAACAUGUUUCUGUUGGCCAUUUCAGCACCACAGCAAAUGGAAAAUAUGUACUCAUGAUUGAUGAAAAUAAAAUUAUCUGGAGCACAGGAAAUUUGGUAAUUCCUAAAGCUGUUUGCUCAGAAAUUUGUCCACAAGGCACAAGAAGAGCGCAAAUUAAAGGUUUACCUGUGUGCUGCUUUGACUGUAUCCCAUGUGCUGAUGGAGCAACUGAUUGUAUCAACUGUCCUCAAGAGUACUGGUCUAAUGAAAAAAAAGACAGCUGCAUCAUGAAAACAAUAGAGUUUCUUUCAUACACUGAAACAAUGGGAAUUAUUCUUAUGGCCCUGUCAAUAUUUGGUGCCUGUUUAACAUUUUCCACUAUGGGGGUGUUCAUACACUUUAGAGACACACCAAUAGUUAAAGCAAAUAAUUCUGAAUUAAGCUUACUUUUACUUAUUUCUCUUAUAUUCUGCUUCCUCUGUCCACUCACAUUUAUUGGUGAGCUAACAGUCUGGUCCUGCAUGUUGCGUCACACUGCAUUUGGUAUUUCCUUUGCUCUAUGUAUUUCCUGUAUUUUGGGAAAAACUAUAGUUGUAGUAACUGCCUUUCGAGCAACAUUACCUGGAAACAAUAUAGCAGAAAAGUUUGGACCACCUCAACAAAGAGCCAUUGUGUGCUCAUGCACUGCAGUUCAAAUAGUUAUCUGCAUUCUUUGGAUAAAUGUCGCACCACCAUUCCCAGAUAAAGUUAUUGAACAGCACAGUAAAAAAAUCAUUUUAGAAUGUAAUACAGGUUCAGAUGCUGCUUUUUAUGCCGUACUAGGAUACAUUGGUCUUCUUGCUGUAGUAUGUUUGGUCCUCGCCUUUUUAGCAAGAAAACUACCUGAUAAUUUUAAUGAAGCCAAAUUCAUCACAUUUAGCAUGCUUAUAUUCUGCGCAGUUUGGAUCACCUUUAUUCCAGCUUAUGUCAGUUCUCCUGGAAAGUAUACAGUAGCUGUAGAAAUAUUUGCAAUUUUGUCUUCUGCUUUUGGCCUACUGUUAUGCAUUUUUGUACCAAAAUGUUACAUAAUUUUAAUCAAACCAGAGAGAAACACAAGAAAGCAUAUAAUGGGAAAUAAUACAAAGAUUAAUUAA